AGCUUGUUUCGCGGGAAAUCUUUAGUAUGAAAAAGUUGACUUGACAAUUCAGUUCUGUUUUCCCGCCAAUUAUUUUUUUUUCGUCCAAAACGUUUGCCCUGAUUUUAUUGUCUUUGUCAAUAGUUAAGUAAUAAGUGAAAUAAUUCUGCAUUCAAACUAAUAAGGUUACGUCUAAUAUCAACACUAAGCUUAGGGUCGAGCUGGGGCGUUUCAUCCCCAGCUAUAAAGCUGGGGCACACAUCAUACACGGCAUUCGGAAAGCGGCCAUGAAACAGAACGGGACGCGCGCGGUCGCCGUGCUGGCGUUGCUACUGGCCGGAGCAGAUUCGCUCGCACACCACUACGAAAGCCAGAGCCCGGACUUCCUCCGGCUCAUGGCUGAGAAACACUGGCUGGGCCGAUGGGACAGAAGACCACACAUCGAAGCAGAACUUGGCCCACCGGCUUUACGCCUUGACUUCCCCAAAGCUGAAGAACCGGAUAAUUUUUUGGACGACGAAAUGAGGUUCAAUUCAGAGAAGCGAUCGGCAGUAGCGUCGGCUUUGAAUUCUGGACGUCGCCGACGACAGCCAACGCCGGCGCUCGGUGUGCUAAACGACAUGAGCUCGUACUUCAAUUUCCUGCGCGACAACGUCGAAACCCUGGCCUCGCUGUCCCCGCAGCAGCGGUCCACAUUCGUCCAACCGCCUUCGGUCGUCCAGGCUCCUGGAAGCGGUGCCGGUAGUGGCGGCGGCGGCGGUGGCUUCGGCAAAAUCAACAAUCUUCGACCGUUCCGACCUUCAAACAACAUCAGAUCUUACAACCGCAGAUCGAACUUGGAGAUGGACGGUGAGUACCCGGCGGCCAACCAUCACGACCCGGGACUGCUGUGGACAGGUCUCGGCCGGUAGACAACAAACACGCCACACAACUCAGCCAACACGAAACCAACAUUAUGGCCAACGUUCCAACGUUUAUAACCACGACACGAACACUAUGAUCACUCGAUUAAACCCACGUUUCGAUCAUAACACAAUUAUCGAUAAACAAACUGAAUACAAUGCACCACAGCUGGAUUUAAUACAGGCCCUUAAAGAGUUUUGCUACGUGUAAGAGAUUCUUGACAGCGAAUAUGGCUGUACUGUGUUGAUAUUGUGUAAUUUAAAAGAAACUUAGCUCGGCAAGUAUGUGGUUAAUUCAAAUUUAAAAAAGAAAAAUUCAUUUAAAAAUUAUAGAAAGCUAGAAGAUAAAUAGACAUAGAAUAUGAAAAAUAAAAAGCAUUCGUAUGUCGUGAGAGAUUUGUAAUUCCGUAUUGAAUAUGAUAUCUCGUUCUAGUCAAAUUACAUGUGUAUGAAAGUGUUAAUGAAAAAUAUUUUAUACCUACCUAAGUAUAUAGAAUAUAAAAACUUUAAUAAUCAUCUCGCAGUUUGAGAAACGAUGCUUGUUACGAUCACAUAACAAUGAAACGAUUUGUUUCCUGUAGUUUCUGUAACUUUUUGUGACCUUUACAGUAAUUAUUCAGCCGCCAUUACGAUUUACCAUCAUCUGACGAUAAAAAAAUAUUUUUCACUAACAUUAUUUAUAUUUUUCAUAUUCGUUACCUUCUUCUUGUUUAAUUAUAAUUAACUUCUUAUUUAAUUAUAAGUAGCUAUUGAAUAACUUGUUAAGGGUUUUAAGUAAUGAACUAUAAUUUCCUAUUUAUUAAUUAUACUAUUUAUAAAAAAAGAAAAAGAAACUGUUAAUUAAUUUUAUAUGCUAAUUAUUGUAGAACUUGUAUGCGUAAUAAUAUUGAAAUUACUCAAUAAACAAAAAAAAACAUAUGUGAAGUAUUUCUAGACUGUAAGUAAUUUUAAAUUAUUAUCAUCUAAUUAAACGUGAUUUCACA